AUGCUAUUAGCAAAACAUCCUACAUCCACAUCACCGUCCCCAUCCUUCUCUAUACUCGGACCGCGGAUAUCUCUCUGUACCCCACAACCAUACACCACUGGCGAACUCAUCAUCCUAUGUACAUGGCUCGGCGCCGCCCGAAAGCACAUCGACAAAUACAUCGCCGCCUACCGUACCAUCGCACCCAAUGCCAAGAUCCUACUCAUCCAAAGCGACGUAACAUCAGUCACGAGCUCCUACCCAGCACAACACAAAGCCAUCAUACCAGCCGUCGAAGUCGUGCGCUCUGUACUGAGUGACUGCACUUCCACAGCAUCUACCAACGUCCCUUCAUCCCCAACAGCAAACACCACCAAAACGCACACAACCCCGAAAAUCCUCAUCCACACCUUCUCAAACGGCGGUCCCAUCUCUGCUACCGCCCUCCUCCUCGCUCUCCGUGCCCAGACCUCCACACCCUUGCCCAUCACCGGUAUCAUCAUGGACUCUGGACCCGCAGCAGGAUACUACUGGAAAUCCUACAACGCUAUGAUUCUCUCUCUCCCACCAGGCCCCAUCCGCUCAGCUGGCUACGUUUUCGUCCACGGUAUCCUAAUCAUCUUGCGGGCGAGUGUGGCGUUGGGACGGUACGAACACCCUGAGGUGCUGGUUCGUCGGACACUGUUGGAUGAGAAGUUUGUUGCUGGGGUGGAGGAGGGGAAGAAGAGGAGGGUGUGUUACUUGUAUAGUAAAACUGAUCGGAUGACGGACUGGGAGGAUGUUGUUGCGCAUAAGAAGAUGGCGAGGGAGAAGGGGUGGGAUGUGGGAGAGGUGGUGUUUGAGGGGACGCCGCAUUGUGGGCAUUUUGUGGGUAAUGAGGGUGUUUAUGUUGGGCAGAUGGACAAGAUGUGGGAGGGUAAGACGUUUGGACAGUAA